CGGGUGCAUGGGAGUGCAUGGAUGUGCACACACGUGAGUGUGUGUGUGUGUGUACUACAUGUGCAUCCAUCUUUGUUUGUUUGUGGUUGUGUUUGUGCUCUGUAGGUUUCAUCAUCAUCAUGGCUAGGCUUCGCGAACGAAGAUUUGAGAAGGGCUCUACCCACGCUUGCUACAAGCACGCUGAUGGCUAAAAAGGCCAAUGCGAGAUAGACAAGUCCGGUUGCAGAAGGCACAGCAGAAAGACUCCCCAGGGUCCCAGCGCCGCCCGUCCCGCCCGGCCCCGCCGCCCCGAGACAUGAAGGUCGCCGCUGUCGCUCCUUCGCCGCUGCCCGCGGGCGCCGGCGGCGCGCUGAAGGCCGUGCGGCCCGGGGAGGCCGCCCGCUGCGGGCCGGUGCCGGGAGUGUCCGCCGGGGUGGCGGAGCAGGCGGCCGCCGCGCUGCUGUACGACAUGAAGGGCUGCUACUCGCGGCUACGGGCGCUGGUGCCGACUCUGCCGCGGCACCGGCGGGUCUCCAAGGUGGAGCUUCUGCAGCACGUUAUCGACUACAUCUGGGACCUGCAGCUGGCGCUGCAGUGCGGGCCCCCCCGCCCCGCCGCCGCCGGGGAUCCCCCCGAGGCUCCGUGUAUUCCCGCUGCUGACCGGAUCCUCUGCCGCUGAGACCGCUCGGGACUCGCCACGGACGACAUCCCCGGGUCCCCGGCCCCGCCACGGACCUCGUUCGUCCCCGGCAUCCCGACCCCGAGCGCCACGGCUCGCCUGCAUCCCUGGCCCCCGGCAGCGCUGCCCUGGGGGUCCCCCCGCAGUCUGGGCAGGGGGUGCCGCGGGCCGUAUCCUUCCUUCUCAGAUUGCUGAGAGCAUUCCCCGUAUUGUAUAUUACAAUGAUGCUGGAGAAUAUUGUUCUACAAUAGCUGGAGUUUUGUUAUUAAACAAGCCCUGAUGACCA